AAUAUAAUUAAUUACAUAGAAAUUAUGGAGUCUGAGAAAGACUUAUAUAAUCACAAUUAUGGCUUACGAUAAAUAUCUAGAAAAUAUAACAAAUAUCUAGAAAAUUUAAUAUAGACUUGUCUCGCGCAAGUUUCACAUUUCUCAUUUUCAACUAAAUCAAUCUUGGAAGGAAGAUAUUCAGGCCAUGUUGAGACAUUCUUCAUCAUCUUUAGUUCUACUAUGCGCUCUAUAUGUUUUCUGCUUUAUUGGUGCGGACAAUAUUGUUUAUGCACAGAAUCAAACUCAACCUACUACAGAGCUUAAUGAAGCCAGAGCGUUGAACUCCAUCUUUCAACAAUGGGGGAUUUCAGCUAAUCAAAGUCAAUGGAACAUAAACGGAGAGGUGUGCAGUGGAGCAGCCGUCCUUGCCUCUAUCUCCAUCGACGACUUCGAUUACAAUCCCUUUGUCAAAUGCGACUGCUCUUACAAUAAUGGCACCACUUGUCACAUCGCUGCCCUGAAAGUUUAUGCAAUGGAUGUUCAGGGUGCAAUUCCGGAUGAGCUAUGGACUUUGACUUAUCUUACCAAUUUGAAUUUGGCUCAGAAUUACUUGACUGGUAACCUGUCUCCAUUCAUUGGCAACUUAACUCGCAUAGAAUAUCUGACCAUUGGCAUUAACUCACUGUCAGGGGAACUUCCUAAGGAACUGGGGUUGCUAACUGAUUUAAGAUCAAUUGCUUUUGGUACAAACAACUUCUCUGGUCCUCUACCAUCUGAGCUUGGGAAUUGUACAAAGCUGGAACAAAUGUAUUUUGAUAGCUCUGGGGUUAGUGGUGAGAUUCCUUUAGAAUUUGCUAACCUACAGAACAUGGUUAUUAUGUGGGCAUCAGAUAAUGACCUUACUGGCAGCAUACCUAGCUUCAUAGGGAAUUGGUCGAAACUUUCCGUCUUAAGAUUUGAAGGGAACUCCUUUGAAGGUCCAAUACCAUCAGCAUUAUCAAGCUUGACUUCUCUGGUAGAGUUGAGAAUUAGUGAUUUAUCAAAUGGAAGCUCUUCACUUGCGUUUCUUAAGGACAUGAAGUCUCUAACUGGCUUGGUGCUAAGAAAUGACAAUAUUUCAGAUUCAGUUCCAUCUAGUUUUGGAGAAUAUCAGAAUUUGACACUGUUGGAUUUGAGUUUCAACAAUAUAGCUGGACGGAUACCUGACUCACUUUUCAAUUUGAACGCUCUCACUACCUUGUUUCUUGGAAGUAACAAAUUAGAUGGUCCACUUCCUGCACAAAAAAGUCCAUCACUUCAAAUUAUAGAUGUCUCUUACAAUAAUUUAGUAGGGAGCUUUCCUACCUGGGUUAAUGAUCAAAAUUUACAAGUUAAUUUAGUUGCCAACAACUUUACAAUAGACCUAGAAAGCAGUGGUUUGCCAUCAGGCCUGAACUGUCUUCAACGUGACUUUUCUUGCAACCGAGCCUUUCCAAUCUAUUCUCAAUUUGCGAUAAAAUGUGGCGGUCCCCAAAUUACGCCUUCUAGUGGGAUUGUAUAUGAGAGGGAUACUGAGGCCCUUGGUUCAGCAACAUAUUAUGUUACUGAUACAAGAAGAUGGGGUGUCAGUAACGUUGGAAAUUUCACAGGAAGUUAUUCAUCUGAAUUUACAUAUACUCUAGACUCUGAGUUGUUCCAGACAGGACGGCUCUCUGCUUCAUCACUAAGAUACUAUGGUUUGGGGCUUCAGAAUGGCAAUUACAACAUCAAACUUGAAUUUGCAGAAACAGCAUUCGAGGAUGGUAGGACAUGGAGGAGUCUUGGUAGGCGUGUUUUUGAUAUUUACAUCCAGGGCAAUCGUGUUGUAAAGGAUUUUGACAUAAGAAAGGCAGCUGGUGGAAUCUCUAAGCGAGCUGUUGGACAGAACUUCACUGCUCAGGUAUCUGAAAAUUACCUUGAAAUCCAUUUGUUCUGGGCUGGAAAGGGUACUUGCUGCAUUCCUUAUCAAGGUACAUAUGGACCUUCUAUUUCAGCAAUCAGUGCUACUUCAGAUUUCAUACCAACUAUUAUUAACAAUCCUCCAACCAUUGGAAAAAAUAAGGAUAGGACCGGUGUCAUUGUGGGAGUUGUUGUUGGGAUUGGAAUAACAAGCUUUCUGCUUGUUUACGCGGUUUAUUUAUUCAUCCAAAGAAGAAAAAGGAAAACCACCUACGACGAUGAAGUGCUCGUAGGUACGAAUGCUAGACCUUACAUUUUCAGUUAUGCUGAAUUGAAGGCUGCUACGAACGACUUUAGUCCCAGCAAUAAGAUUGGAGAGGGAGGAUUUGGGCCGGUUUAUAAGGGAAAACUUAAUGAUGGGAGAGUGAUUGCUGUUAAGACACUUUCUGUGGGAUCUCACCAAGGAAAGGUUGAAUUUGCUACAGAGAUUGCUAUUAUAUCUGCAGUGCAACAGCGGAAUCUUGUGAAAUUGUAUGGAUGCUGCAUUGAAGGAUACAAUCGUCUCCUCGUGUAUGAGUAUCUUGAGAACAAGAGUCUUGACAAAGCAUUAUUUGGAGAAAGAAGUUUGAAACUUGACUGGUCAAAGCGUUAUGCGAUAUGCAUGGGAGUAGCCAGAGGUCUAGCUUAUCUUCAUGAGGAGUCGAGGCUUCGAAUUGUACAUAGAGAUGUGAAGGCCAGCAAUAUACUUCUUGAUUCUGAUCUCAUUCCCAAGAUUUCAGAUUUUGGUUUGGCGAAACUUUAUGAUGAUAAGAAGACCCAUAUAAGCACCCGUGUUGCAGGGACAUUUGGGUAUCUUGCACCGGAGUACGCUAUGCGUGGACACCUCACGGAAAAGGCCGAUAUCUUUGCCUUUGGAGUUGUGGCUCUUGAAGUCGUGAGUGGGAGACCAAAUUCUGACCCAAGCCUGGAAAAAGAAAUGAUAUACCUUCUUGAAUGGGCCUGGCACCUGCAUGAAAACAACCGUGCAAUAGAAUUAAUAGACAACAGACUAUCAGAAUUCAAUGAGGAGGAAGUAAGACGCUUGAUAGGAGUUGCUCUUUUGUGCACCCAAACUUCACCAACUCUUCGUCCUUCAAUGUCGCGUGUGGUGGCUAUGCUAUCUGGUGAUAUUGAAGUAAGCAGUGUAACUUCAAGACCCAGAUACAUUCCUGAUUGGACAUUUGAUGAUAUAAGCAGCAUUAUUUGCGAAGAUGUAAGCAGCAGAACUGACUACUACAAUUCAUCAGCAAGUACAAGCAUGCCAAUUGAUGCUGAGGAGUCGCACAUUAUUGCCAAACCAAUACUACACCAGAUCAUUGGAGGAUAAAUAGGGAACAUUUUUUUCUUCUAUUCAUUCUUUUGUUGGUGAGGUCUAUAUAAUUGAUUUUUUUAGGGAUCAUGUAUGAAGUAUAUAUUUUUUUUUUCCAGAAAAAAAUAAUUAUGGCCGAGAAGAUUGUGAGGGAUCAAGUGCAUAAUAUAUAUUCUCUUUAAACAGAAGCUGCUUGUUUUUGUGAAAUUAAUAUAGCUGAAGAGAGUUUGUAUUGCAAGUA